UUAAUCAUCUUUUAUAUAGCUUAUCUAGUAAUAACUAUAAAUAGUUCCUUAUUGUAUUCAUAUUUACCUGCAAUAUAUUAUUAGUUGACAAGGAUGAAAAUCAAGCUUUUUAUCUUCAUGUUCUUUCUAUGUGCAUUAAUUCUUUUCUCUGUUGUGGCAAUUGAGCCAUCCAAAGGUGAAAAACAAUUUGGUACAAUAGAAAAAUCGAAAACAAAAAUUGGAGUAGAUGAGUGGACAGUUUGGGGAGGAUGGUGGGGAAGCUGGUUUGGAAAUGGCAGUAAAGGAAACAAAAAAGGUGGACAUGGCUCAAGUGGAUCAGGCUCGGAAAAAAAUGAUGGCCAAGGAGGUGCACACGGAAGUGUCGAACAAAGUAGCGGUACAAAAGACAAAGGAAAUGAAUACAAUGGAGGAGGAGAAGGAGAAAGAGGAGAAGAUAAUAUAAAUGGUUUUGAAGGUGACAUAGGAGAGGGAUCUCCAUGAAAACAAGAUGCAUGUGUGUAUUGUAUCCCAUGCAGUAUGUGAAGUAAAAGCAUGGUCUCUAUCUUACUCGAUGUCUAAUCUAUACUACGAUGAACAUAUUUCGCUAAAUCAAUGUCUUUCGUUGAUAUCUCUAUAUUGUACCGCUUAUAUUAUCAAAGUUAAAUAGAUAAGAAGUACUAUGGUUUUAUGUUA